CAAAGAGCGAUGCAGAUAUUCGUAAAAACACUCACAGGCAAGACAAUAACACUUGAGGUGGAGUCGUCCGACACCAUCGAGAAUGUAAAGGCGAAGAUACAGGACAAGGAGGGGAUACCACCCGAUCAGCAACGACUCAUAUUUGCGGGCAAGCAGCUUGAGGAUGGACGGACGCUGAGCGACUAUAAUAUACAGAAGGAGAGCACGCUGCACUUGGUGCUCAGGCUGCGGGGUGGCAAGAAGAAGAAGAAGAAAGUUUACACCACGCCUAAGAAGGAGAAGCCGAAGAGGAUCGAUACGAAGGAUGUGGUGCUCACGCAGUUUAGUGUCGAUAAGAACGGAAAUGUUAGUGUGCUCAAGAAGGAAUGCACUCGGUGCGGUGCAGGAUACUUUUUAGGCAUGUCUAAAGGAAAGGAGUACUGCGGUCACUGCCUCGAGGUGAGGAUGGUAGUUGAAGCCUAAUUAAACUGCGUUUAGUAACCGAGA